UGUUUUUCUGCCAUUAUUGUAUCAUUUGUAUCAGUUUUUUAGUUGAUCAAUGUUUGUAAUUUCUAUAGUUACGAGUUUACAACUUAAUGAGUAUUUAACAUUUUUACAUCUCGUGUGUCGUGUGAUUUAUAAGAAAAAUUAGGAAUUUUGCCAAAUCCAUUUACUUUUGUAAACUAUCAUGUCUGCAGCGGCAGUAGCCAAGGUGCAAGAAGUCCGUGAGAUUUCCCGAGUAGAACGUAUCGGCGCCCAUUCUCACAUACGUGGACUUGGGUUGGACGACAACAGAGAACCAAGACAUGUUUCACAAGGAUUAGUUGGCCAGUUGAAAGCUCGCAAAGCUAUGGGUGUUGUGUUAGAUAUGAUAAAAGAGGAAAAAAUUGCUGGAAGAUCUGUUUUACUCGCUGGCGAACCCGGCACAGGGAAAACUGCUAUUGCCAUGGCAUUAGCACAGGCUUUGGGUUCUGAUACACCAUUUACAUGCAUGUCUGGUUCAGAGAUAUAUAGUUUAGAAAUGAGCAAAACCGAAGCACUGACUCAAGCCAUCCGUAAAUCAAUUGGUGUCCGCAUCAAAGAGGAGAGUGAAAUUAUUGAAGGUGAAGUAGUAGAGUUCCAAAUAGAACGCCCAGUUACAGGGACAGGGUCUAAAGUAGGAAAGUUAACUAUGAGAACAACAGACAUGGAGACAGUUUAUGAUCUUGGAAACAAAAUGAUUGAAGCUUUGUUAAAAGAAAAAGUUUUGGCUGGAGAUGUCGUAACUAUUGAUGUUGCUAGUGGCAAGGUUAACAAAAUUGGACGAUCAUUUACCAGAUCAAGAGAUUAUGAUGCAUCUGGGCCACAAACUAGAUUUGUGCAGUGUCCAGAAGGUGAACUUCAAAAACGUAAAGAGGUUGUACAUACAGUAACGUUACAUGAAAUUGAUGUAAUUAAUUCCAGAACCCAUGGUUUCCUUGCCCUAUUUUCAGGUGACACGGGUGAAAUCAAGUCAGAAGUUAGAGAUCAAAUUAACUGUAAAGUCAGCGAAUGGCGUGAAGAGGGAAAAGCUGAAUUAUUAGCCGGCGUACUAUUUAUUGAUGAAGUGCACAUGUUAGACAUAGAAUGUUUUUCAUUCUUGAACAGAGCUUUAGAAAAUGAAAUUGCUCCAAUUGUAAUAACAGCCACUAACCGUGGAGUGACGAACAUCCGAGGCACAAAUUAUAAAUCACCACAUGGUGUACCACUUGAUUUACUGGACCGCAUGGUCAUCAUUAUGACACAACCCUAUUCCGAAAAUGAACUAGAACAAAUUUUAAAAAUUAGGGCUGAAGAAGAAGACUGUGAAAUAUCCAAAGAUGCCUUAUCAAUUUUAGCCAAGAUCAGUAAAUCAACUUCUCUGAGAUAUGGCAUUCAAUUGAUAACAACCGCCCACUUGGUUUGCCGAAAACGUAAAGCCACUGAAGUGACGGUAGAUGAUGUAAAAAAAGUGUAUAGACUGUUUUUAGAUGAAGAACGUUCUACUCAACUUAUGAAAGAAUAUCAAAAAGAAUACAUGUUUGACCAUUAUGCAAUUGCAGAUGCUGAUAACGAAGAGGACAAACUUGAUGAUUCAAUGGAAGUACAAAAUGACAGCACAUCGUCUACAUAAUUUAAAUUUUAAAUAUUGAUUUAUCUUAGACUAGUGAAGUCACUGUUUUGUAAUUAAAAUAAUUAUAAUUUACUCACACAAUUCCAUGUUUGAUGUUGCCUUAAAUAUUGUGUACUUUUGAAAAUAUAAUGUUUUUUUAUUA